AUGACAGACGAAAUAAUCAAAGACCGUAUGAAGGAUUUGCGGUAAUUCAUUAUAUGUUGGCCUAUUUUUAGUCAAGAGACGGUUCUGUGCCGGAUUAAAUAUCACAAUAAUUUGCCAGACAUCCCGAGUGACCCUAAAUUUUUAACAUAUCCGUUUGAGUCUUCAAGGUGCGUUCUUUCUUGAAAGCCUUUAAGAAUCUUUAAGGUUCGUCCAAUACGCGGCCACAUCGCUUGAGCGAAAUCAUAAGCACGAACUGUUGUGUGAGGCCGAUGUUGGCGUUGACGUUGAUUUAAUCGACCCAGAUGUCUUUAAAGCUGAUAACUCUGGUAUUGAGACUACACGCAUAAUAUUUUCUUAGCCUCUUUACACCCAGACGACGAAAGGCUCCUGGAGGAUGAUGAUCCAGCUGCUCUGAAUGCUCGAAAGUAAGCACGGCUUUGUCUAAUUGUCUUCCAGCAUGACAUCUAGUGUCUUAAAGCUUCCCUGUCUUUCAUCAUACCAGAGUCCUUAUCGACAUCUUCAAGUUCUAUUUUCUGACUUUUAUCUCGGAGAACAUUUGCCAUAACUUCAUAUGGAGGAGAUAACUAAAUGUGUGUUCACUAAAUCAGAGGUCUCCUCUCAGUAUCACCGUCUUUAGUGCCAGUUUUCGUUCAACGAUACUGCAUUGAUUCGUGAAGUGGUUUUAUGCGUCUUGUAUUUAUCUUUUCUCAGUAGGGUAAUUUGAAAAGAACGAGUUUCUUCUAAUUUCUGUGGUGACUUCACCAUCAACUUAUCCGAAAUCUAUUUCGGAUAUCAGUCAUAUGUCCUCAGUGUUUAAACGUGUUUUGGACGAGUUUGAUUCUGAGCGUCCGCAUGUAUUGUAUGUCAACGCGCCCCCACAAUAAAAUUAACAUUUGUAAGACCACCGUCUGAAGCAUUGCCUGAUUCACAAGUCGGAAGGAUUUUGACCACAACUACUGUGAACCAUUGGGCGGUAAAGCACCGUAUUGUGUGUCGCAAGGAGUCGGCAGAGAAUCAGCUUAAGGAACUCGACACCCUCAACUAAGUUGAUAGCUCAGUUGAGUUUUGCCUCUCGAUAUGCGAUAAUUCACCGACAAAGGCUCAAAUCGAUUGACUUCAUUCAGACCUCUGGCCUAGUAAGGGAGCAUACCAGUCUCGAUCCCAAAUAUACUUGGGAAACUAAAAACUGGUAACGAUGUUUAUUGAUAGAUGAAAUUUCGAGGGACGUUGUUUAUUCUUUUCGCCAAACAGGCGAUCCCUUAAAACUGUGAGUGACAUGACUGAAGAAUUUGAUUGAACUUCUGCUACGGAUUGGUGUCUAUGGCUGUCCAGUUAAAAAAAAUUUCCCGAACAUGUGCCUGCUGCUUACUCAAGGGGUGGUCAAUCCAGUCAUUUCCUGGAGCGUGACAAUUGAAACCUUUUUCGUGCCACUUCAGACAGGGUUAAAAGCGCGUUCUAAAUCGCUGCGUAACUUGCAACUAGUUGUCAUAAUAUUUUAUACUCCUAGUAGCUCUGUUCAUUCUUGGUACGCUGUGUCAAUUCGUUGAAAAUCGUGCUGCUUAGACUGCCACUAGUGACCUUGUUUACUGGCACAGUCGUCCGGACCUUUCUUGUAUUCUUUGUUGGCGGAACUUCCAACUCUGCUAAUCUCUAAGACCGACAGUGCAAGGGGUGUUGACCUUAAAGCAACAGUAGGACAGAAUGUUGUGAUAAAGAAAGUCGACCGAUUUUCAUUAUUUUGUUUUGCCAACAAUCCACAGACUAAUCGACGUGUGGCCGUUCCUCAGGCUACUAAAUAAAUGGCUUUGACUGUUAUUCGUAAUAGGAUUGCAGUGUGCCUUGAUAGUCCCCGCCUGCUUUACCGCUGUUCGCAAUUAAGGUUUUACGAGUUUUGCAUGUGUCCAAAAUUUGUUGGUCGAAUCUUGAUACCAGAGGUCGAAAAUUUCCUUAGUAGGCUAGAAGUUCGAUCCAAACUUUUAUUGAUAAUCUAGCCCACAAUUUGAGGGACUAAUAGAAUGCUAAUGGUUCUAUGGGAAAUAAAGGUAAUUUUGACUGGCCUAGUUAUGCGAUGUGGCAGUCCCAUCUAACCGAUUUAUUAUCUGGAAGACUUAUAUUAACACCAUGCAAUCUGAAGGCUUUUUUACUUAUAAUUUUGGAAAUUGGCUUUAAAAUGUCUUUACGGGCAGUUUCGAAAGCAACACUUUAUACAGAAACCCUUGAAGGCGAAAUACCGUUCCUUUUACUCUUGAAGUCUCUUUUGGUUCCUGUCGUCAUUUGGCCUGGUUGCACCUCAUUUGCUCCUUUGUUCCACUUUUAGGUCUCGCCAUCAACGUUCCGUAUCUUGGCUAAGAAAAACCGAGUAUCUGUCCACCGAACUUUAUAAUAAGUAUAACAAAGCCGAGAAGGUUGAGACAAAGUAAGCUUCGGCAUUUGGUCGACGCAUAUUCUAGACUUGGCCAUAACACCAAACGUCGCUUCACGGAAGAUAUCGUUUAUCGCGACAGAGAGAGUCAAAUCCAUGCCAUUGAGGAGACUUUUGAGGCUGUGCGGAAGCCGAUUAAAAAACACUAUAGCAAACCAGGUGUUACCGCUGUCGAAGUUUUACCAGUCUUGCCCGAUUUCAACUUGUGGCGUUAUCCCUGCGCUCAGGUACGUUGUAUACCUUAUUCGAGUUCUGUCCCGUUGAUCUCAUGGUCAAAAAAUUUGUCAUUAUUAUUAUUCUCGCUCUUCAUGGAUUUCUUCCAGUUUGUGGUUCGUGUCAUGCUUCCCAAGUGGAUUGUAGGAAUAUGAAACCGUCAACCUUCUUAGUGUGGAAUUAACUUCGACGACAGGAGACAAAGGAAGCUUUCCCUUUCUGAUUGCUCAUAUUCAUCAGACCUCGUUUUUGCCCCCUACGAGAGCUUCAUCCCUCUGAUACAGGGCAUUGUGUCCUGGCGCUACCAGUAAACCGCUUCGCCUUUUAUGCACCGAGAUGUAUGUGUUCACUUCUAGUAUUUUACUGUGACUUUGUAUCUGCCUGCCACUCUGGCUCCGAUCGGCACAAGAUGAUUAGAUGAGAUCCUCCCAAGGACUGGUCCUUGGUCGCUGCAAAGCAGGAAACGCAUCUCUGAAUCGUGACAAGCCUGUCAAUUGGGAUAAUUGAACCUCUUGAUCUUUCCAAGUGUCUGCCUCUGACAUCGUGUCACCCGAUGCCCAAACUGCCAACACACGCAACGCGUUCAGUCAGCCUGUGCGUGUUUGUCACUUGUGUUUGCAAUUGUUCUGAACCUGCACCGAUGGGAGCCUAGCUGCAAACUCAGACUGUCGUCGAUCUAGAGUGACGUGCACAGUAAUGCGACGUUAGGCCACUGCCACUGGUCUCUGUCUGAUGCACUUAUGCGGACGACCGUUACCUUCGGGGCGUCCUUUAGAGACCAAAUGACUUGAACUGAAGAAUACGGUCUGAAGUUCAUUUCAGUAGGAAUUUUCGAGAAGACAAUGGCAGCCGUCCAACUUUCGACGAUAUGGCAUAAUCAGCUCCGUUGUCUUCCCACCUGAAUCCUGUAAUCAAAGACCAUCCACUCAAACUGUGUCGACUUUGUGCCGGUUUCUAAGUUUAAUGGCACAGCACGGGCAAAAACUACUGUGAACUCAGUCCGUUUAUCUUGAGUGUUCGUUUUAAAUCGCCUCCACCUGUUUCGUGACAUGCAGGCAAGAAAGUCAUUCGACUUUCGAACAGGACGCGACCUUCAGCCCCCACUGGAACCGCAUACUCGUAUGUUCCAUGGAUCGUAGUGCGAAAUGUAGCUUCGAUCAUCUGGAUAUCUCGUAGUCAGUCAUCCCGCACUGUUGAAUGUCCCAACGCGUCCACCACCAACUCGUGUCUACUACUUCGGAACGAGAACCAACGUUUGUGUACACAGUGAUGCGAGUGAUUUAUUAGAUGUCACCUGCGGUCUCCGUUAGAGCUGUCUUUCUCUUACGGUCUUUCACUGAGACCUAACUUUGGUUCUUUAGCAAGUUCUAUCCGACCACCCACACGUAAAUGCAUCACACUCCCAGGAUAUGUUGAUGCUGCACCGGCGAGCUCUUUCACAGUUCAUGCUACAUUUCAGGUAGGCCUCAAAGUAGUCGAGAUGUGUAUUUAAUCAGUCACUCACACAGACAGAGAUGGCUACUUUGUGAUCUGCGCUCUAGAGUAUCUGUUUUGUUAUAGCAGGCAGGGAAACCACUGAGACAGCGGAUAGCCCCUUCCUAGUCGCCUGUUCUGCUCUGCAGUAAAAUUACACUUCAGACCAAAUGAGGUGGUGCAGACUUCCCUUUACAUCCGCUGUUGUAUAAACCAGAAGAAUUUGGGUUUCGGGGGAACUACGCCAGGCUAGCCCUGUGAGUAGGUGAUAUAAGACAUGGUACAUGUAUUCAGAACGUUUUUGCCCCACAAAAGCGUUCUAUUGACGGUCCUCUAUCCCACUCUCUGAUUACAGACACGGAGUUCAGUCUAGUUCAGUUUUAUUAACGGAAAGAAAGGCAAAUAUCUUCGAACUCCCUACUGGUUACAAAUUGUAUAGGAAAAGGCACCUAUAAGUGGGAAAUUGAAGGAGCGAUUGUUUAUAUAAUUGUAUACGAAAAGCAGCCAUCUAUUUGCCAGUCGAAAAGAGGCAAACAUGAGCGCCUACCCAUCCAUUGCCAAGUAAUAUAGACAUGUAAUUUCGGCUCUUGGUUAUUUGGGUAUCGGACAUUUUAUCAAAUAGUUACAAUUAAGACCUUAUAUGGGGCCAUUACAGCCUAUCUCUCAGUCCAGUAGAGGCUCGAGUCGCCCCGCCGGUCAAUUACCCACUAAUAAGUCAUUUCUCUCAUCUCCGUCCACUUCAUUUUCUUUGUCCCAUUUUGAUUAAAGCAACAUUUUUUGAUUUUUAGGUUAUAUUUGAUGACGAUCCGGCUCGCAAAAAUCAAUCGACGUCGGACCAAAAGGAAGAAGUGAAUCAGGCUAUGAUCAGGUACUCUGUGUCUGCUGAUCCUUUUUUAACCAUCGCCAUUUUCAGUGGGUUUGACGUUCUUAUUGAGCACCUUUUGGGCAUUUUGUGAAUGAACGAAAAGUAGUGCUAAUAAUGGGAGAGGAGAAUAAUGGCUGAACGUCCAACCCUAUGACCAUCUGAACCAGGGUUCCACUUAAACUACAUUAUUGACUGGAUUUUCAGAAAGGCCUUACACGGUUUUGAAGAUGUUUGGUUUGCACCCAGACGUCGGCUGGCUGAUCUCGACUACGCUGACGAUGUCGUCUUGCUAGUCUCAAGCUUUGGUGUCACGGACAAAUGAAGUCGCAAACUCAGUCAGUUUAUCCAUAAACGCUGAGAAGACCAGGUCGUUUUCGAGAUGCGUCGCUGGCCAGGAAAAGGCACUCCUGCCAACCUGAAAAAGUAGACAGUGUCAGGUGCCUCAGGAAGUAGGGAAGACACUGUCUCCCAAAUCGAUACUGCUCGCUGGGUUUUCUUAAUCCUUCGAAAGUGUCUAUGGACCCGACGCGACACCAUCCCCACUAGGAUCCGCUUUUACUGCGCGUUCGUUCAGUCAGUCCCCCCCCUCCCCCCUAUGGUGGUGAAUCCUGGGCUUUGCGCGUGGAAGAGGAACGAAGACUGGGGGUUUUUGAGCGCCGUUGCCUGUGGAUCAUCCCUCGAGCGAAGUACACCGACAUUGUUUCAAAUGAUGCAGUCCUUACCCGCUAUGACAUCAUCUCGAGGACAUAGCAGGCCAUCCAAGAAGACGACGGAGGUAGUUUGGACAAAUCCUUCAUCGCCCACCUCAGGAGUUCAGUGUUACUGUCCCUGGUCCGGCGCCGUUGCCCACGUGGAGGACGUCGAAGAGAAGGCCAACUGAAGACCCGAAUCGACACAGUUCGUCAAGACAUGGAAGUGGUUCUUGGACUUUCGGAAUUCGGUCUCCGUUGUUGGAGAAGAGGCUUAACCGAGCCGUCUAGAUCCACUGCCGGACAUCCUCACACGUGGAGAGAUACAAUAUAUAAAAUCAUCGGGGGCCGGCUCUAUAUCAGGCUUGAUCUCAGCCGUACCAAAUACAAGCGCAUACGCUAACUGAUGAAUGCUGUUGGAGUUCUUUUCUUUACUUUCCCAGCAGUGCGUCCAUCGUAAUCGCAUGUAUUUGUCUGUAGUGGACCAGACUUGCGCAGCAGACUUGUCCCUUCUUUAGCAUCCACCAUGUUCCAUUGGCAGGCCAUGGUCAACAUGACUGGAGGUGGAUGUUGACGCAGUGACCGGCAUGUUAAAUAUCCUACCUACGCGUGCCAUAAAUGACCUGGUUUCUGGCCUCACACGGAUCAAGCUUCAAAGGACUGAAGGGCUCUGCAUUAACAGGGUUCCAUUUCAGUCCGAGACCCGUUUUGGUCUGACGCUACAGUGGCACAGUUCGGUCACUUUCACUCGGAUGGAUUUUAAGCGUUCUAUGAGAUCCAAUGCGCCAGGCCGUGUGAAAACCUGUGCUGCGAUGCUUUACUGUCAGGCUCUUCGCCGGUGCUGGCGUAAGCACACUGGGUAGAUUUCAGUGUCACAUGCAAGUUCUACGGAGCUCUGCGUGCUGUUUUUCCCUGACAAGUACAACUGACUUGACUUCUGCUUUGACACAUUUCUGUUUUAGCUAUUCCCGUCCCACCCUAUUUGACCGAGUCUUACCCCCUGCAAGAAGUAAUUGCUAGUGAUGUCUAGAAUUAUUGCUUACUUUCGGACUAUUCCACUGGUAGUACUUUGCGGUACAAAGCAGGCUCCUUCCACCUGUGCUUAUUUCGUCUCAUGAGCUGUCAUGUAGUGCCUUAGGCACCGUCUACGCAGUCCUCCCGUCGCAGUUGCUCCCACGCUAAGCUAUUCAUUUCGCGGACUGGUGAUGUUGGGACUCAGCUUCUUGGGGUGCGCCCAGAAACUCCAAAGAACGUUUGAAUAAAAAACGAUUGAGUUUACAACAAAACUUUUAUCAUCUAAUUUCCGUAAUAAAACUACUACCUUGGUUGUCUUUGUUACGGUAUUCGAUUACACCAGUAAUACCUGUAAUAUGCGUUGACACUGCGAGCAGGCUUGGAUGCUAUUGGUUGUGGGGCGCUCACCGAUCGUGUUACUGAACUGACUCGUCCUGUUUUGGCUUGGAACUCUCUCUCGAGCCCAACCAAUAGUCGCACAGCGGCGCGUAAUAUAGACGGAAUAACGUUAUCGAUGAAGUUAAGGGGGACAGGAAUGGCCGUUUCCGGGUUAUUAGCCGUCGCCAGCCAGCCACCCUCGAGGCGUGCGCCACCCGGUGCUCGAUCCCGCGACAUGUUGGUUAAAAGUCCAACGCCAGGGCUCUUUCUCCUGGCGGUUGCGAUCGGGAUGCAUUUGUUGUCGUUGUUGUUGUUGUUCGGGCAACGGUAGGUGAAGUCUAGGUAGACGUCUGGUAGUAAACCUGGUUGUGUUCAGGUGGACAGCGCCCUCCAACCUGAAAAGUUGCGACAUGAAAUGUGUAAUCGUGUAGUCCUCAACUAAACCCCCGCAAUGUUGUUAUUACAGUCCAUGUAAACCCCUCAAAUGCAUUAGCGACGAGGGCAUGCGGGAUAGGGUCGGGCAUUGUUCAGGUCCUAUGUGUUCACAACACUCCUGAAGUCUCUGAAAGUCUCUUACUGUGCAUUUUCUUGGCGAUAUAAUUUCCUGCCUACUUUAGAAGUGAACACAUUUGCCCGUUUAUUUUAUUCCUAUUCUGUCUUUUCCAACCACUCCCCAGAGGUAUGGUAGACAAGACGGGUGACCAUUUCGUGGCCUACUUUUUGCCCACCGACGAGACCCGGCAGUUACGUCGACAGGAUGCCCAAAACCAGACAGCGUUUACGGAAGGCGCCUCGUAUGAAUACGAGUUGGCACGAGAGUACAACUGGAACGUCAAGAACAAAACUAUGGCCAACUACGAAGAAAAUUACUUUUUCGUCUUUCGAAAUGACGGUACGUCCUCCAACCCCUAGUUAGUUCUUUUCGCAUCGUAUUACUGUUCAAGGGUGAGUGGGUGGGGGGGGCAGGGUUAAAUUAAUCUCAUCGCACUGUCGACUAUCCUGUUUCGGCGUCCAUGUUGGCGCUCGCAAUAUGAUGUCUGUGCAUUAGGUGUUCGCACUACAACGGAUAUUCAAGAGUUCGAUUCCCUUGUCCUCACUUUGGUUUCUGGAUUCGUAUCCAUCUUGAAAGACAUCGACAGCCAUUCGCUCUCAGUGGCAUUUUACUGGGCAGUUGCUGUGACGAAUCUUGACUCCGGUCUUAGCGCAUCGGUAACUUUCCUUUCGUCGAGUUCAGAGUGCAGCUUUUUUCUCAGUUAACCCUCAAUGAGGGCUGUUGCGCCCCCAACCAUAUGCUAACGCUCCAGAGAGCCAACUGUUAGAAUUGCAGGCAAACUCGUGUUUUCGAACUUUUUUCGGCGGGAAUACAGUGUCGCAACACUUAGAAUUGUCUAUUCCCCCACCAGCCUGUCUUAUGGGCGGACUACUUCUACUACUACCACUAAUACUACUACUACCACUACUACUGCUACUACUACCACUACUACCGCUGUUACUAAUAAUACUACUACCACUGGCGGGAAUACAGUGUCGCAACACUGAAGAAAACUUUUUCCCCCGUCUACCACCACUGAUACGGCGAAUACUACUAAUAAUCCUACUAUUACUACUACUACUACUACUACCACCGCCACCACGGCUGCCAAUGCUACUCUACCAACGCUUACAGUAUGGGUAACUAACUGCAAUAAUACUAGCAUCAGUAACGGGGUGUUACGACACUGGUAUCCAACCCUUUUUUCUUACCUGACUUUUCCAAUACAGCCCCGAAAUACUCGUGGGCUGAGCAAGACUGUAAGUGGUGUUCGGCUUUUUCGUUUCCUCCAGAGGCCGCCAUAACUUAUGCAUAUUUCGAAAGAAUCGAAUCAUCUUAAACGGGCUGACUGAGUGAUAACGAGACAAAACAGGGAAAGCCGAAAUUAGACUUAUUUUCGAUAAUUUGCACACUCGUGACAUUAAUUCAGAACGGCCAGCUGGAAAAGUUAGGUAAGCUGGAAAAUAUUUGCCACUAAGUGACAUAAAAUCGCCCACUCCCCUCCCCCGUUCCCGAGUUUGGUCAUUUUAUAUCUGUUACCAAUUUCCUGCACUGCAAAAUCUUGCACCAUGAAGACUUGGAAUGACAGCCUUGCUCCUGGCUAUCUUGGCUCCCACGGAUUGCAGAUAGUGGUGUGGUCGUCAGCGACUGCCAACUACAAAAUAAUCAGAGUAUAUGUUUGACAAUUAGACAUUUUUAUCUCAAUUGCAGCAGUGCCAUCAGGGUACCGAAGACUGUAGGGAUUUCCGGUUCAUUGAAUGUCCCCAAAAGUGUUCUAACGCCCGAUGACUGCGUCGUUAUAGGACGACCGCAAGCAGACUAAGUAGGUUGUCUUGCCUUCUAAUUUGUUUCUGACGUGCUGAGUCGUUAGAGGAGGCAACACCAAAGUAAUGGUUCUGGCGACUGUUUGGGACAAGUAUUCCAAAAAAUUUUAAUACACGUUAGGUAAUUGAGGCCGGCUAAAUCAACCAGAAUUAAAACCGUAUCGAAUAAAAGUCCCAAAUCUGGUAACCCAAUCUAGCCUCUGCAUUCCCAAUAACCUGUUUGACUUUCCAGGUAUUGAAAAAGAUGUGCAAUGUAUCUACUGAUGAUACCGUUCAAUUAGCCAGCCUAAUUUCAUUGUGAUACAUGCCCUAUCUAUACCCCUCCUCAGUGUAAACAAGCCAGCUGCCAGGAGUUUGCUAGAAAGCUGUAGGGAAUGAAAUCUGCACGGUUGAAAAUCCGUUUUCGAAAUUUUCUUUGGGGCCUCCGACCUUUGUCAGGUACUUGGUUGAUCCCGUUAACUGAGCAUAUUUAUUCAUCUUCCCCAUUUUAUAAAUUUCCUACCUAUUUAACUGUUGGCACCAACUUCGUACCACAUUCCCUGUCAGUGGAACUAAAGCCUUUUGAGCACGUUUGAUUUAUACUAUAUGUGUUGCUUAAUACGCGUUAGUAAGCAGACCAAUUGAACGUAAACAUCUUUUGUUUUAGGUGUCUACUAUAACGAACUAGAGACACGCGUUCGGCUAAGCAAACGGCGCAAGCUGCAGCAACAGCUUCCAGGCUUCGGAGGCGAACGUAUGCAGCCACACAGCCAGACCAAAACCCGACUUAUUGUACAGCAUCGUGAUUUCACCGACGACGAAUUGAAUGCACAGGCUGCACGUCUGCAAAUGCUUGAACAUGACAGUGAAACAGAAGGCGAAGAAGAGGAAGAGGAAGAAGAGGAGGGUGAUGCGAGAACAAGGGAAGUAAAUUCAGCAUAUAAUGAUGACGAAGAAGAGGAGGAGGAAGAGGAGACAGCUGAUGGACGCCGGAGAGAUAAUGCCGGCGGGCAACGUGAUUCUCCCGACGACAGCGCUGCGGAAUCUUCCGUCUCCUCAUCUGAAGGUAAUAAAUUACCAAGCUUCUUGUUUGUUGAAUAUGUAGCAUUUGGCGUGUUAAAGCUAGACGUUUGAUUGUGUUUAAUUUUGUCCCACGUCACUUACUUAAGGGUGUUGUGGUUUCUUGAGGUAGCCAGCACGAUCAGAAUGUAAAAUUCACCUAUGGGACCGCUCUGCAGUCGUUACCGUGAACCGUAUUGGCAUCGGCAAGGUCACAUUAAAAAUGAGCCACGGCAGCCUGAUUUGCAGUUCAGGAGACCAGAAAUCAGCUGCACAUGUAGUCAUACUGUAUUGCUGCCGGGAACCAUCUAGUGCCUCUGUACAACAUGCCGAUCGGUUCUGGAUACAUUCAGAUGAUAUUGAAUAGCUGCAUCAGACUAAGUGGUAUAUGCGUUUUUGGGAUUGGGCUGAGCCAGAAUGACGUCUGACUGCACAUGAAGCAAGGCUGUUUUGCCUCCCCCUUGGGACCUUCUUGUCUUCUCUCUCACUGAGCGACAACUCAAAUUUAGAAUUUCAGAAAGGUGCGUAUUUCAUCCGCUAGGCUCUGAGCUGUGUCGAUGUGACGUCCUAAUGACGAUAAAUGGUGUGGUCCGCUGGAACUGCUUUCGAUUAUAAUAUCGUGGGAAUUAAGAAAAGCGACAUAGGACUUAGGUUUUACAAAAUUGGCCAUUUCUGACUGUCACUAUGAAACAGGAUUAUUUCUGCCAACAGUCAGUAGACCGGAUUAUUGAUUUCCAUAGUUUCCGUUGUUGGAAACACUUUGCUCCCAUUUAAAGAGGACACUUUCCUGUAGUGGGUGGAAUUUGGGGGCCGGGCUAGUACAUGGUAACUGAGCGGACCAUCGGCUUCUCAGUCAGUGGUCAAUGAGUCAGCGCCUAGUUUUCACAUAUACUCGACUUAUUACCUUUCCCGACCCUUCAUUUUACUUUUUCAAGCAAUGCGACUUAAUGAGGUCGCUGCAAGAGUGGAGCACCUUCGAAGUAUGAGGCCAUCAGACGAUCAGGACACUUCGUAAAUAGUUUAAUUGUCAGUUAUUUUCAUUUAUUUCAGGAUACCUUGCUUACACUGAACCUAACUCCGCAGGAUCGCGAUGUUGACGACUGUCCACUGCAGUCGUACCUUCUAAAACGAGAAGUCUGGAAGGCAAACUUACAAAUACAGCCUCCCUACAGUGAGUGCGCAUAAGCGGUGAGCAUCAAGCGCCGGCAGGGAUGUGCGACCGGCCUAGUCCCUCUAGUGUGAGAGGGUGAAUCACUGAUUCGACACGUGCUAAGUCAUCAAUAAUGAUGGCGACGAGAAGGGCCUUGGAUGCGCAUGAGUAUGUAUACUAGCGCGGUCUUGCAGCGAUGACGUGCAUGGGCAGCUCCCAGCUCCAUGUGUGUUCCCACAAGUUACGUUGUGGUCGACCUUUUGCAAGCUUUCGUGAGUCCGUUCAUAGGGAGGACAUGUGCACCUGACCCCGCCCCCGUGCAGAUAGAGUACAGCCGUGUGGGAUGCGUGAGACAGCGGAGACUGAAUUCGGAUUCCUCUGCCUCUCACUCCUAUCUGACAUUGCGCGUUUUCUUUCCCUGGUCUGUUUUCUUUAUUCCUCUGUGUAGAUGAGCGGCCUAGAAGACAGGUUCCACCUGCCAAGUCGCCGAGCGCGAGUGAGGGAGAGAGCGAAGCCAGUCCUCGUGUGGCUCAUCGCAGCGAGGAAGAGGAAGAAGAACGUACUGAUGAUGAUGGUGGUGAGCAGGAGGAGGAGGAGGAGCCUGCGUCGCGUCCUCAACGUCGGGCUGCGUCCAGACAGUCUCAUUCUCGAUCCACCCGUCACGACUCAGGAGACGAGGAUGAUGAUGGCUCGUCUGACCUUUCGGAUAGGCAUCCCACUCGUCCACCGCCUCGAAAGCCUUCUUCCAGCCGUCCAGCACCGAGGAGCAAACCCGUAGAUUCUGACUGUGAGUGUCUUUUUUGCUCUAUUUACGUACGGAACCCGAUGAAUAUCUUGAGAAUCCCAUCUGUACAUACCGCUCCAAUUUAUGUCCGGAUGACUAGCGUUAUAGGACUUAAUAGGUGAGCCAAAGGGAAGGCUGAAAUUCUACCACUGAGACCUCGCCAUUUAUAGGGGAUUUAUCAGGUAGGCCGUCAAAAAAUGAAAUGUUUCACAGCACGUCAUUUGUUAGCCAUAGGUCCUUUUGGUUUGUUAUUAUUGUCUUUCCAUCUUAAAAGAAGACUCGGUGCACAUCAAAGAGUGUGCAUGUAUUGCCCUUGCUACGUUUGCCUCUGUGCCCCCCAAACGGACCAUGUGGUAGAUGCGCUGGACCAACACGGGGGCCAUAUCGGAUUUCAGCAUGCAUUAUCUUAAUGCGCACUAUAACAAAUGCCAACAUCUUGGGGUGGGGUGGCAGACCCAGUUGCGGACAUUGUUCAUGCAGAUAGGGAUCCCUGCGACUCUCCCCAUUAUCGUUGUUGGUCAAGGUCCUGGUCAUUUGCUGCGUAGACCAGGGGGUGUGGAGUGGAGUGCCAAGGUGUGAACUCGACCGUGCCAUCCAUCUGUGCCCUCCACCGCCUCCGGUCAUCCUGACUCUCUCUUGACAUCAGGUCGAGGCGGGGGGAGGAGAAGAGAGUGCGAUAGACGCUUUGCAAGCCUACAUUCACUAUAAACCUGCUCCACCUUGUUGUGGAGCACACCCUGAGCAUCUUCGGCAACGACAGUCGAACUAUCAUGUUUGCCUCUGAAACAGUGUGCAUGGAAAAAUUGGUUAGGCACUACUUGUAAAUCCCCAAAUAUCUCUCCUCUGGAGCAAAGGUGCGGCCAGUGACAAGUUCCGCCGUAGUCUGUUUUACGUAGCUUCGAACUAUACGGAGGUAUCAACAAAUUUGGGGGAGACAAGAGUGUCCAUUUUUAGAUCACUCGUCGUCAUUAGGUAAUCAUGUCACAGAGCCUGGCCAGGAUGACCUGCAAUAUGGGCCCUGGUGCAGUUUUUUAUUAUACUAAUCGAGCGUUUUUGCGCUUGAACGUGUUCCUGCUGUGUGUUCGGUAGAUCACCCCUUCCACCUAGCAUUAAAUAUUUCCAAUCGCGGCCUACGGAGCGUAAAACCGCCCCUCAAAUUGUAGAACAUUGGAGUCAAAUGUUUAGUGACCAGCGGGUUCGGGGCUCAGGGCUUAUCGGUCUGUGAUUUGGGUAUGGCCAGCCAAUGACGGCAAGUAUGUCCAAAUGGUGCUUGUCACCGCAGUGUUGAUGUCGGGCUGCAGUACAAGUCAUGUCCAUCUGCGCCCAGACUCCGUAGGUGGUUACAUGAGUUUACUUUCGUCUCCGGUCCCCCGUUUCCGUUUGUGUCUGAUACCAUUCCACGCUUACCCGUGUUCCCGCUCCCUCCGGUUCGGACUUUCGCCAUGUCCGGCCUGACGUCCCACCCAGUGUUGCCUACUGAACUGCGCCCGUAGAGCUUAAAAAGCUGCUGGCAGAGUUACACAGCGGUUGAUGGAGGUAGUUAGGAUAUUGCAAGUAUCCGUUGGAAGUGAACAUCCUCCGAAGAUAGUGGGGUUCGGCUAUUUUGUCGGCGCUUUCUCUGCAGUGGGUACCAGCUGUCUUGUAGAGAGUUCGCACACAGCUGCGUUUGUGACACAACGGGACAGGACCUGCGCCGUGUUGGUGGCCUGCCUGUAUACUGUCGUCUUCAGGCUCCUGUCGAUCUUGCGAUGGACGAUGACGUCUAGUAACGCGAUCUGGUUGUUGUUCUCUGCCUUCAGGGUGAAUUGAAUAUCGGGAAAUACAUAGUUUAGUGGCGCGUGGAAUUUUGAGACCAUUUCUUUCUCGAGGACGACAGAUGUUUCGUCAACAUACCGCGCCCAAAAUGUUGGCCUGUAGGUUGCAAACACUAACGCCUCUAAACUUUGGAGAACCACUUCACCGAUGAAACCAGAUAGUGUUGAGACCAACUAGGAUGUGUACAACACGUGGAGUUCGGUCUCUCAACCUGUUGGUUAGAAGUCCAAGGCCCCCAACCACUGAGAUAGGGGCUCGUUGUCCUUUCGGUUUCGACCGGGCAUAUACAAUGGUAGAGGAGCGCGCACCGGUCGCGUAAUGUCAUUCAGCCUAGAAUUUGUGUGUUCACAUGAGACACGGAAGUCGUCUUUAUCGUCGUUAUCCACAUUUUCGUUUUCCCGGCAGCCGAUUCGGAGGACAACUACGCUUCGGACAUAACUCCGCCUCCGCGCAACACCACGCGCCAGGCGCCGCCGAGCGCUCAGAAACCAAGUCGUUUCCUAGCUCAAGCAGAUGAGGACAGCGAUGAACUCAGCAGCCUGAGUGAUUAA